AAAAAAAGGCACUGCCAUUUUUUGCUCUCACCCACCACCUUUUUCCUUUUGCCUUUUCAGUCUUUUUCUUUUGUCAACAUUUAAGCCUCUCCAAAUUCCUCCUUCACUACCACUCACUCGCUCACUCACUCUCAAAUUCAACCUCAAAUAAAUCAUUUCAUUAAUUAAAUAAUUCAAUAAAUACUCAUUUUCCCCCUUCCUUUUUUUUUUUCGUUUCAUUGUUGUUGUUGUUGUUCUUCUUCUUAAGAAAAUGUGGACCCUCUGAAGAGAGAGAAAGAUGAACAGAAACAACAACUCAUCGGGAUUUGUUGUUGGCGGUGGCGGUGGCGGUGAUGGUGAAUGGGUGAGAGUGAAGGAGUGUGUGACGGAGUUCAUGAAAGGUGUGGCGGAAAUGACGGUGGAGCUCGGCAAAGGUUGCAGGGACAUUGUGAAACAAAGCCUCGUCAACGAAGAAUCUUACCUGGUCAAGAAUUUCGGUAGGGAUUCAUACUUUGGGAAAAGAGUGGGUGGAACUUGUUCCAAGGUGUGUGGAAAAUUGAGCUUCUUCAAUGAGUAUUUACCUGAAGAUAAGGAUCCACUUCAUGCUUGGUCCGUUAUUUUCUUUGUUUCCUUACUUGCCUUUGCAGCUAUAUAUUUAAAUUUAGAGCAUGAUCCAUCAUCCCCUUUGACAAAGGAAGUCAAGGAAGUAUUUCUGCAUCCUCCUAGUGCUGCUCGCAUAGUGCUUCCAGAUGGAAGAUAUUUGGCGUAUAAGGAGCAAGGCAUUCCUGCUAACAGAGCUCGAUUUUCAAUGAUCGCUCCUCAUACUUUUCUUUCCUCUCGGCUUGCAGGAAUUCCCGGAGUUAAGGGUUCACUGCUUGAAGAGUUCGGCAUUUGCUUGCUGACCUAUGAUCUCCCUGGGUUUGGGGAGAGUGAUCCACAUCCCAAUCGAAAUCUUGAAACUUCAGCGGCAGAUAUGUUAUUUCUAGCAGACUCGCUCGGCCUUAAAAAGUUUUGGGUUGUUGGCUACUCAAGUGGAAGUAUGCAUGCUUGGGCUGCACUUAGAUACAUUCCUGAUAGACUAGCAGGUGCGGCCAUGUUUGCUCCCAUGGUAAACCCAUAUGAUCGUCUCAUGACAAGGGAAGAGAGACGAAGAGCCUGGGACAAAUGGACAAGAAAAAGAAAAUUCAUGUAUUUUUUAGCUUGGAGGUGUCCUAGGUUUCUCGCUUUCUUCUAUCGGCGAAGCUUCUUGUCAGGAAAGCAUGGUCAGAUUGAUAAGUGGCUGUCAUUGUCUCUGGGAAAGAGGGAUAAAGCACUGAUGGAAGAUCCAAUCUAUGAGGAAUUCUGGCAAAGGGAUGUGGAAGAAUCAAUCAGGCAAGGAAAUGCAAAACCCUUUUUGGAGGAAGCUGCUCUGCAGGUCUCAAACUGGGGUUUCAGCCUGUUGGACCUCAAGUUGCAGAAGAAAAAACGGAGCGGAAGUGCUGAUUUGCUCAUUUGGCUGAAGUCAAUGUUCAUUGAAGUUCAGGAGGAAUACACGGGUUUUCUUGGCCCAAUACAUAUAUGGCAAGGAAUGGAUGAUAAAGUGGUUCCUCCAUCAAUGACCGAUUUCGUGCACCGAAUACUACCUGGAGCUGCAGUGCAUAAGCUACCAUAUGAAGGACAUUUCACAUAUAUCUACUUUUGUGAUGAAUGUCAUAGACAGAUAUUUACAACACUUUUUGGAACCCCACAAGGUCCCCUCACUAUUUCCUCAGAACAAGAUGAAAAUGAAACUACCACCCUAGAUGAAAAAAAUGUUGAACAACAGCCAGAAGAAGUAGUAGCAAACCAUGGUGAACUUUGAUAAUGCCACAAACUAGCUAGAACAAGUACACAUAGGACAUAAUAGGAUAAAAAUGCUCUUUUUUUUUUUUCCUAUUUUCCAUUUUUUUUUUGUUUUCCCUGGCAGAACAUCACAAUUUUAUCAUUCUAUGAUGUACAUACCAUAUAGUUUUUGCUUCAUCUCUAAUGGAGCAUUUAUAGGAAAGAAAAUAAAAAUCAACAUUUGAAACUUGCUUUUGGUUCUACCGUUGUAGUACUCAGAUAUGGCACGAAUAUUGGAAUUCACUCCAAAUUUGUGUUGCUGAAAAACUGAUAUGAUGCCCUUUUUCUCCUGGA